GGCGCUCUAUGGCUGAGCCGCCUUUGCCCUAAGCUCGGGCUGCAUCUCCCUCCUCCUCCCUGUGAUUAUUUGCACAGGACAUGUCCAGUACCUCCGGAGCGCUUUUAGUUUGCUCCCCCCCGCGCUCGGUGGGAUUAAUCUAUCAUUUCGGAGGUUAUUUUCGGCAACCAGCCUCGCACCCGGGAAGACCGGCCGGAGGAAGAGCCAGGCGCUUUCGAAAGCGGCAGAGGAGGAAUGCCAAAGCAGGGCAGCGGAGCCGGGUGGGAGUGAGCCGGCGGAGCACAGCGAGGUGCCACCCCGCAGAGGAGGAGAGCUGCCCUGCUACCUGCUCCCUAUUUCUGGCUGCCCGCAUGGCCUCCGGGCACUGUAGAGACUGUGGGGGCUGCUGCUGCUGAGCAACAAUACAUUGCUUUAAACUCAGCCUCAACUUACCACAGCAAGCAAGGAUGGCAACACUACCGGAGCUUUGGAGCAGCCAAGAGAGCCAGGGAACCUGGGUUUUGUUUGCCACUGUCUAAUAAAUGGGAGUAAAAUGGAAUUUCUUACCUGGGUUUUUCCUGCCUUGGUUCUACUGUGCACCCAACAGCACAGGUGUAUCAGAGCUAUGAAUGACAUCGGAGAUUACAUAGGUUCCAACAUCGAAAUAUCCUGGUUACCCAACCUGGAUGAUUUAAUGAAAGGGUAUGCACGUAAUUUCAGGCCUGGGAUUGGAGGUCCUCCUGUUAAUGUUGCUCUUGCAAUUGAAGUAGCCAGCAUUGACCACAUCUCAGAAGUGAACAUGGAAUAUACCAUGACGGUAUUUUUGCACCAGAGCUGGCGAGAUGACCGUCUGUCUUACAACCACACCAAUGAAACUUUGGGCUUAGACAGCCGGUUUGUGGACAAGCUCUGGUUGCCAGAUACUUUCAUAGUAAAUGCCAAGUCUGCCUGGUUCCAUGAUGUGACUGUGGAAAACAAACUUAUCAGGCUCCAACCAGAUGGAGUCAUUUUAUACAGCAUCAGGAUUACCUCAACAGUGGCCUGUGACAUGGACCUUUCCAAGUAUCCAAUGGAUGAGCAAGAAUGCAUGUUGGAUUUGGAGAGCUAUGGCUACUCUUCAGAGGACAUCGUCUACCACUGGUCAGAAAACCAGGAGGAGAUCCAUGGGCUGGAUAAGCUGCAGCUUGCUCAAUUCACAAUUACCAAUUACCAGUUCACAACAGAAAUGAUGAACUUCAAAUCUGCAGGUCAGUUUCCCAGGCUCAGUCUCCACUUCCACCUUCGGCGAAAUCGAGGCGUUUACAUUAUUCAGUCUUAUGUUCCUUCUAUCUUACUAGUGGCCAUGUCAUGGGUAUCUUUCUGGAUCAGUCAGUCAGCUGUGCCUGCCAGAGUGUCAUUAGGUAUAACUACUGUUCUUACUAUGACUACACUGAUGGUCAGUGCCCGAUCUUCGCUUCCACGAGCAUCUGCCAUCAAGGCACUUGAUGUUUACUUCUGGAUUUGCUAUGUGUUUGUCUUUGCUGCACUGGUAGAAUAUGCAUUUGCACAUUUCAAUGCUGACUACAUGAAAAAACAAAAGAACAAGAUAAAGGCGAGAAGGCAGAGUGGAGAGAUAAACGUGAAGAAUGCCAUUGUUCUGUUUUCCCUUUCCAUAGCUGGUGUGAACCAGGAACUGGCCAUUUCCAACAGGCAGCAUCGAAUUCCCAGAAGCCUGCCUGGAUCGUAUGGCACAAUAGAAAUAGAAACUGGAGAGACAAAACGGCAGCAAGUAAUGAAACUGGAUAAAAAGAGAGGUCUGAAGUCCCUCUUUAAGCCCAUUGAUGCUGAUACCAUUGAUAUAUAUGCCAGAGCCGUGUUCCCAGCAGCCUUCGCAGCAGUCAAUGUUAUAUACUGGGUUGCAUACACAAUGUAAAAAAAAA